CCCGCCGCCGAGGAACCGAGAGCGGUUCUUUCGCCGGGAAAGCCGUCGAAGCGGAGGGCCGGGAAGGCGCUGCCCUCGGCGGGCGGGACCAGGGGCGGGGCGUCGCUCCCCAACAUAUAGCCGGCCCCGCGCGCCUCCUGCUCCUCGGCGCUGCCCGGGAGGCGGCAAUAAGCGCGCAACGGCAGCCGGAGCGGCAGCAUGGUGACGACCCUCCCUAGCGAGGCUCCGGGCAGGCGGCGGAGCCCUCCGCUCAAGCGGCAGCGGGCGGAGGACGUGACCCCCGAGGAGCGCCCCGAGGCCCCCGGCGCCGUCGAGGCCGGCCUCGGGCUUCGCGCGCCGGUCAAGAAGAGCAAGGCCCCCCCGGUGGGGCUCCUCUCCGGCCGGGCCGGGUCUCCGGGUCGCCGCCGCUGCGAGCCCAUGCGAGCCCUGGAGAGGCAGACCUUCCGCGACUACGGGCAGAGCUGGUACCGCUUCCGAAAGGAGCUGGAGGGCAAGUUCCACCCGCUCGACCCGCUGGCCCAGCAGCCGCAAAUAACUGCAGAGGCUCGGUGCAAACUGAUCAGCUGGCUAAUUCCAGUGCAUAAACACUUUGGCUUCUCUUUUGAGUCCUUAUGCCUGGCAGUAAACACUCUAGACCGCUUCCUUACCACCACCCCAGUGGCUGCUGACUGCUUCCAACUCCUAGGGGUCACUUCCCUCUUCAUCUCUUGCAAACAGGUGGAAGUGCACCCACCCAAGGCGAAACAGCUCCUCGCUCUUUGCUGUGACACUUUCUCUCGCCAGCAGCUCUGCAACCUGGAGUGCAUCAUUCUGAACAAACUCCACUUCAACCUAGCAGCCCCCACCAUCAGCUUCUUCCUGGAACACUUCACACAUAUGCGGAUGGAGGCUUGUGAAGUUGAUGCCUGGGAAGCCAAGAAUGCCAAAGCUCUGGCCAAAGGUGUGGCUGAACUUAGCCUGGCCGACUAUGCUUUUAACAAAUACAUGCCUUCCUUGCUGGCUGUUUGUUGCUUGGGCCUGGCUGAUCAGAUGUUGCAGCAUCAGAAACCGCUGGACUUGCAAUUAAGUGACUAUCCAGAGGGGGUUUUACAAGAUUGCUUGGACAAGCUGCACUUACUGGUGUCUUUGAAUGAGGACUCUCUGCCUCUGGUGCUACCCCCUGAGAUUUCAGAUCAGUGUCUGCACUUAGAAAAAUGAGCCGACCAAACAAAAAUACUUGAAGACCAUGCAUUUGGAAGUUUGUCCGAUUUUUCAAAUGCAUGUACAGAAGGACCACUGAUAGUUGCAAUACCUCUAAAAUAACAGUAUUCUCUUUUUAACAUUUGUUCAAUAGUCUCUUCAUUGAGUUUUACAUGAUAUUUAUUUGUAAUGGAAGCUAUGUUGUUGGUUUAGAACGUAAUCUACUAAGCACUGGCUUCUCUAAUCUUUUAAAUGUAAUUUCAAAUUCUUAUUUGCACAGUAAACUUGUAUUAUAUUGCACUUGCAUUAUUUUAAGUAACAAAUUGAAGUUGUAAACAGUGUACAUUAUGCCUGCUUGUAUUUAUUUGAGAUGAUAGUUCAGUGCUCAGCCAUAGGAAAGACAACAGUACUGUAAAGGCAUUUAUCUAAUAAAUCUUUUAUCAGUAAUUGUCUGUAA